GGUGAUUAUCGGUACUAUCAGCAUCAAUACAAUCACAGAAAACUUGUUACAGUGAACAAGCACGUUGAAUAAAAAGCCUAACGUAGUCGUACACACUUGGUUUUCAAUUAGCCUUUUAGAUUUUUAUGAUUUCUCUAAAUCUAUUAACUAAUGACAUAACAGAAAUAAAUGUUUUAAUCAACAGAUUGCCCUGUUAGUCAUCGGACAAUCAUCGGUCACACAAAGGCAGGCACCAACAAAUGAGCGGCGUGCUAUUUAUUUACGUUGGUUACUGCCACCGAUGUGUUUAGUAAGCAAAAUCCAAUGUUAAAUGACAGUAACUAACUCUGUUGCGACAUUGAGAGUUUUGUUCUUUUUAUUGUUAUUUGGAAGAAACUUUUACAGUGUUCAAUACAGCAUAAGGCAAUGAAAGCAUUCAGUCCAAUCCAAGUGGGUCAUCAUCAACUACAACACCGAAUUGUUCUUGCUCCACUCACAAGAUUUAGAGCUACACUGGAAGCUGUUCCAAGUGAAUUAAUGGUAGAAUAUUAUGCUCAACGAAGUACGCUGGGUGGCCUUUUAAUCACAGAAGCGACUUUUAUUGAUGAGCUUGCGGGCAAUUAUAAACAAGCUCCAGGAAUUUAUACCCAGGAGCAGAUGGAAGGCUGGAAAAAAGUAACGGAUGCUGUCCAUAAGAAGGGCGGCGUCAUUUUUUUACAAUUAUGGCACUUGGGUCGUGUUGGCAGCUCCAGUCUUAACCCUGCUAAAGAGCCAGUUGUGUCGGCUUCCUCUAUACCCAUUCCCGGUAAUAAUCCCAAUGGAAGGCCCUAUGAAACACCUCGUGCCUUGGAAACAGAUGAGGUGAAAGAACUCGUAAAAAGGUACAAAAGGGCAGCUAUCAACGCCAUGAAGGCUGGAUUUGAUGGUGUAGAGAUUCAUAAUGCAAACGGCUAUCUAUUGGAUCAAUUUGUCAACUCGCAUUCGAACAAGAGAACAGACGAGUAUGGUGGAAGUAUUCCUAACCGAUGCCGUUUAUCAUUGGAAGUCGUUGAUGCUAUUGUUGAAGCUAUCGGCGAGCAAAGGACUGCUAUACGCUUUUCUCCCAACGGCGGUAUUCAUGGGAUGAAAGACGAUACUCCUGUAGAGACAUGGAGCUAUCUCACCUCGCAAUUACAGCAAAAACAUCCUCAAUUAGCCUACCUACAUUUCAUCGAGGCUCGUUCGGAUUUCCGUCAAGAUGAUAAAGUCAAUACAGUUGACACUUUAGACCCUUAUCGUAAGUUGUGGAAAGGGCCCUUUAUCACUGCCGGAGGGUUCUCAACAGCUAGCGAGCAUGCUGUCCAAUUGGCAGAGAAGACCGGUAACUUGAUUGCUUUUGGUCGCUCAUUCAUCGCUAACCCUGAUUUGCCUGAAAGAUUACGCAGCAAGUACGAUUUUAACAAGUACAACAGACAAACGUUUUACACCCAUGAUGCGGUGGGUUAUACAGAUUAUCCAUUCUAUAACACUAUCAGCCAUUUGUAGCAUUUGACUUUUUCUUUAUCUCUCACUCUAUCUAUAUUACUCCCCUUCGGUUGAACAAUGCAACUACGUUAAGCACUUCGAUGUUACUCUCUUGUCUGUGAGAAUGCUUACUAUUAAUCGAGUUUUUACCGCAGCGGAAAUGUCGAACGGUACUCUUUUGUUGACC